AGAUGUCGGGGCGGCGGCGGCGGGAGCUACGGAGAGCGAGGAGCCGCGCAGCCAGGCGGAGGCUGAGGGCGCCGCUGGCCGGCCCGCCCAGCCCUCUCCGCGCGGCUCCGCCGGGGUUCCCAGAGGAGCCAGUAGGCUCAGUUGGGGCCCGGCACGGACAUGCACAGCGCUCGGCUUGACAGCUUCCUCAGCCAGCUCCGCUGGGAACUGUUGUGUGGUCGGGACACAGGCUCACCCCCGAUGCCUGGUCCCCUGCAGCCAACCCCCCAAACUGGCCCAGAUGUGCAACCCCGCCACCAGCUUAGGGCCUCAGGUGCCUUGGAAGAAGACUCAGUCUGCUGUGUGGAGGAGGAGGAAGAAGAGGCAGUGGUGACAGAAGACAGGGGUGCAGCCUUGGGAGGCCCCAGGGAGCAUGCCCUGGACUGGGACUCUGGCUUCUCGGAGGUGUCAGGCAGCACAUGGCGAGAGGAAGAACUACCUGUUCCCCAGCACCCAGCACCCUCAGCACAACCCCUUCGUAGGCAGCGCCUCUCAGUCAGUGGCCUCCCCAUGCCCGGCAGGGCCCCUGUAGCCAGUGUACCACCUGUCCACCGUCCACGGCCCAAGUCCACCCCAGACGCCUGCCUGGAGCACUGGCAGGGACUGGAAGCAGAGGACUGGACAGCAGCCCUACUGAAUAGGGGUCGCAGUCGCCAGCCCCUGGUACUGGGGGACAAUUGCUUUGCUGACUUGGUGCACAACUGGAUGGAGCUGCCUGAGACAGGGAGUGAAGGAGGUGACGGAGGUGGGCACCGUGCCCAUGCUCGGCCCCCUCAGUUCCUGCUUGGCCUCUCCGAGCAGCUUCGGCGCCGGCUGGCCAGGGCUCGGCGGACAGCUAUGGCAGGAAAGCGGCUGUCAUGCCCACCUCGCCCAGAACCUGAAAUGCCUGCGGAUGUCUCACGCUUCGCAGCCCUCAUGAGCUGCCGUAGUCGCCAGCCCAUCAUCUGCAAUGAUGUCAGCUACCUCUGACCCUGCCCUCCAGCCUGGGACAAUAAAAGCCUUUUUUCUAGAC